GGAAGAAUGUCGAUCUUCAGAUCAUCGAAGCUUACACCUCAUACUCCGUCGACCACCAUCAACGUAGUUCAAAUCGCCAUCAUCGAAGCUUACACCUCAUACUCCGUCGGCUCUAGUCUUUAGCUCAUCGAUCACCACCAUCAUCUCCAUCAACCUCUCGUUCUCCAUCAUCACAGCUCACACUCGCAGCCAUAGGUCAUCGCCUUCUUUUGGGUGUUCUUGCUCUCCCUCGCUGCUGGCUGCUAGCUCUCCGCUGGGCAUUGGCUUCCAAUCUCUUGCUGAUAUUCUUCUUGGAUUUUCCUUUGCCUCUCGUUGACGCGGCCUCGGGGCACCGCACUAUAAAUAUUCGGCCCGUUGCCCGGAAUUGUUCUCUUCGUCCUAAGCCAAAAGCUUAGCAAGGGAGCGGGGGAAGUUAAGAGUUCGCCAAUCAUACGGACCGACGAGGUCAUUGAUAUAAUGUCGUUGAGGGGUUUCUUUGGCUUUUCUGAUGGGGAGCUCAUGAGGUCUGAUGCAAAGCCUUGUUCUAGACUCAUGAGACAGACGGCUGGAAUUUUUACUGUUGGUGGAGGAUUAGCAUUUUGGAUUCUCUGCCGUCUGCAUUACGGUCCUCGAAUUACAGUUCCAAGGAGUCUUCGUUGGGCAGCUUGUGGAGCUGUAACUGUUAGUUCAAGCACUGCUUUGUUGGUUCGGCUGUUUAGUCCUGAAUGCGAGCCCCAGAAUAUAGCUGCUUAUGACAAGAAGAAGUAGGGCCGAGAUAACCUUGCUAGUACCCCUCCCCCUAAAUUGGGAGGUAAAUCAUAUUGCAUCGCUAGUGGUUUCUUUGGAAACAAACUUUGGUGGGUGUGCGCAUCUGAUAAUUGAUAACAGACGCUGCAAUAUGUAGAUGUGUGCAUGUGAGAAUGAAUUGAGAUGCGUGUAUAAAUUAUGUGAAUUUAAUCAUAUGGAGGGUUCAAAUUGGAACUAAAGUAUCACUACCAUUAGCACACGUUAUGUUUCAAAGUUUGUAAAAGACGAUAAUCCAGCUGGUCCUGACUUUGAGUUAUUUGUUAGUUCAA